AUGGUGGAAGGUGACAAUAAGGUACGAUUACGACGUAUUAAUAUUGUCAACGGGCAAGGCGUCACAUGUUUUCCUAUCAUGAUACUGAAGGAAAAUGGAGUCACAACAUUUGGCCGAAGCCCCAAGAAUGACUAUCUUUUGGAUUCUAAUUUCCUUAAGAACUUCAUUUCUCGGUUCCAUUGCAAAGUGGAAUGUAGCAAAACAUCAAAUGGUAAACUGGAGUACAAAAUCUUUGAUACCAGCCUGAAUGGCACAUUUGUUAAUGACUAUCGGUUGACGGCUGAUGGUCAUAUGUUGUGUCCUGGAGAUCGGGUAAAUUUUGGGCACUUAAAUGGCUUCAACAUUAAACCAGGCAAUUUAGCUAGACAACCCAAAUCAGAAUUUCAAUUCAUUUUUGAAUUUGUGACAGCUAAAGAAGCCUGCUCACCUGAAGCUGCCAAUAAAAAGUUGCUAUGGAAGAGUCCCUGCUGCAAGAGUGGGCAGGAAUGCAGCAGUAAGAAGAAGAGGAAGAAAAAACCUUUAAAUAUGAAGUCGAUUUUGUCCUACUAUCAACCCAAAUCAAAAAUUACUGAGGAAAAGGAAGAAAGCCAGUCCAGUGACUCUUCGGGGCUUGUUUGCUUUAUAUUUGAUGAAAGCACCCAUAAGAUUCGACGGAUUUCUCCAUCCCCAAACAAAAAUGAUUCUCUGUCAACUGUUAUAAAAACAAAUAUGACCAAAGAUUUGACAUCAGAUUCAGGAAUUGCAAAAGAAAUUGAUGACAGUGAGGAUAGUGAUGCAAAUCUCUUUGAUCGUGUGCUUUUUUCAGUGGAUAAAUUCCUCCAUCAUAACAGUGACAGUGACAUCUUUGCAAGUGAUGAAGAACCAUAG